GAAACACCAGCGUCUGCGAUCGACGAUGUGACCGCGUGACCAUCGCCCGGGACACUGAAACCUCGUCAGAGUCUUAACGGCCGAUCCUACGAUGGCACCCGCGCCGAGGAUUGUUCUCGCGUGCUCCCUUCUAGUUCUGUCGAUCGGACGCGCCUCCACCGGCGAGCAUCGUUCGGAGUUCGCCGGCCGCGGCGGGCUCGCCCUGCCUCUCUGGUUCCACGAGAAGCUCGCCCGUACGCGUCACGACGGCAGGGACGUCGUCGACGAUCGGAGUCGGGACGAUCUCACCGUCGGAUCCAGUACGACCGUGGCACCGCACGUUCCUGGACUGGCCAGACGACACGUGGACCAGCAGCGCGUCCACGAGCAACGAGCUUCGAGAUCGGAGAAAUUCAGCGCGGUAGCCGUCGCGGAGUAUUCCGGGACCAGGGCCAUCGCCUACGCUGGUUUUCAUAAUAAUCAUCGUCAUCAACCUAGCGACGCGGCCACGCAAAGCUACCAUCAUCAUACAACAACUCCGGCUACUUACACCAGGCACCAUCCUGGGUGA